ACUACUACAGAGUACGCGGGUUAACCGCGGCAUUCUGUAAAUCGGACUUCGCUUGCAUUUGUUUGUUGUCUGUCUGACUGUAUUGACUGUAGCCGUCGGCGUCCGGUCUAUAGUGUGAAAACUCAAUUCUCAUUUCACAUUCUCAAAUUAUUUCACACUUCAAAGUCACCGUCGUAAGACAGCUCGCGAAUUGUUUUGUACGCACUCAUAAAAAUCAACAAUCAAAAAUGGCCGUGGUCAAAAGUGAUGCCCACGAAAAAAUAAAUUUGAAAGUGCUGAGUCAAAACAAUGCCGUUGUACAGUUUAAAAUCAAGAAGCACGCUUAUUUGAAAAAGCUCAUGAACGCUUAUUGUGAAAGAUCUGGCUUGGCAAUGGGUACAGUCCGAUUCCGAUACAAUGGUCAGGUCAUUAGUGAAGCUGAUACUCCAUCAUCCCUAGAUAUGGAAGAAGGUGAUACAAUUGAAGUCUAUCAACAGCAGACUGGUGGUCAAAACAUUUUUUUAGACUACUAUUAACUACUUAUUAUUAUAUUUAAUAUAAUCUUAUUUUAUUUAUAAACCUCAUAACAUGUUAACACAUCUUAGUUUUUUAAACCUCAAUACCAUACAAUGUCUAUUAUCUACAAAGCUGGCAAUAUUAAAAAAAUUGUUAUAAAUAAUACAAUUUUAUAAUCAACUAGAACGAUUUCAAGAAUAUACCUACUACAUCAACCAAAGAUAUAUGAGGUAUAAAACAGAUUUAAAAUAUUUAAUGAACACUUUAUAAUUAUGUAAACAGUUUAAUUCGUACAAUUAUUAUUAUUUUCAUAUUUCUCUAGCUUAAUAAUAAACUUUUGAUAUUAUCAAUGAGAUUUUUUAGUUUGUUUAAUUAUUUUAAAUGAUUGAUUCAUUGAAAUGUGUAAAUGCUACUAUAAUGAUUGUGAUUAUUAAAAUUAUAUGUUCAAUCCGAAUCUUAAAAA